UUUUUGGUUUUUUUGUGUUUUUUUAUUUCUGUUUUUCUGUUAUUUUGACUUUUGUCCUUGUUUUCUCACAUUCUUUCAUUCUUUCUUUUGCUUCUUGCAUCCCAUUCUUCCGGUUUCUUAUGUUCUUCCUUUUCUUUCCCAUUCUUCCUUUUCUUUCCCUUUCCUUUCUUUUCCUUUCUUCCAGCUAUAUACCUACAUAUCCCGUAUCCCGGGUUGAUUUACCAGUAACUAUAUUGACUGACCUCUUCGAGGCUCUCUUCCUGGUAAACCCGGUACGGCGUCUGUAUUCUGACGCCUUGUCUGCGAUUAUGCCGAUACGGUGAUUAUUAUUAUUAUUAUUAUUAUUAUUAUUAUUAUUAUUAUUAUUAUUGCUGUAUUGCAGCCCCCUCCGUCCAUUCCCGCCCUCGCCACUACACUACUCUACUACUGACUAUAUAUUCCUACAGCUGAUACGAUAUCGAAUACAGGCUGUAACUAUUCCAGGGCUAAAACUGCUACUGCUGCUAGUCAACGACCGACUCCGCAUCCCCUGUGAUUGCUGGAGGAUCCUGGAGACUGUCUGGCAUGCACUACUACUAAGUUACUCUUAGUAUUGUUAUUAUUAUUAUCAUUAUCUUACUACUGUCUGUCUGGUCUGGAGUGACUGUGAGCGAGCUCUUCUUCAUCGCUCAGCCUGUGUGCUUUGUCUGCCAGCUCCUCUCUCUUGUCUCUCUUGACUCUCUGUCUCUCUCCCUCCAUCUCUCUCUCUCUCUCUCUCUCUCUCUCUCUCUCUCUCUCCAAUUCUCCCAGACGAUAAACAAGAGACAGACGUCCUCCACCAGCGCCCACCACAACGACGCUACGCCCGCGCUAUCCUAUCCUCACCUCACUCGCGCUACCCGCCUCCAAUCUUGGGAUUGGAACCUCCUAUUAUUAUUUCUAACCCAUUCUCCCUCUCUUGUUGCUUCGAGUCUGAUGUGGCAGCACCGAGCUCCGUCCAGGCUCGAUUCCACCCCGAAGGACAAGGACGACACCUCUCAUCGCUAUCUAUCCAGUCUUGGCCUGUUUGGCCCAAGAAGAUCCUCACGGCAAGGCCACUGCCUGCUCGUUAUUUGUUUUUUUAUUAUUUAACCUACUACGCCCGCUUUGCCCGAUCGACUUUUCAACCUGUCAAUCUGUCAUCAGUCAAAUCAAUUAUCUAGCUGCUCCUACUUUCACCUCCCCUCGCAAGUCAACCGCUCUUCUCUUCGACCAGACUCGUCGCAGUCAACGCUCUUAACCUCUCAUCACCGCUCUCAGUUCUCCCCCUCCCUAUCACCUCCAGAAGAACGAAGCCACUCAGCGCUAUCCCAGUUUCCCCGAACCCCUUCCAAUUCCAAUCUCAGGUCAUCGUCGAGACCGGGGUAUCGCCCAGGAUCCCGCGGGCACUCAAAUCACUCCCAGACGUCCUUCAACUCGCGACCGGGCAGGUCGAUGGCGGGUAUGAUGGACGUCGAACGGACCCGGCCGCGGAGGGAGAGGACCUUUGUGGGUAGCGAAUGCGCAGUCUGCGAAGAGCCGUUGGAACAUACUCUUCGUGGAGAACGCAUCCUCCAGUUAUCAUGUGGCCACGUUUCUCAUGAAGCAUGCUUUUAUGAGUAUAUCAAAGAAUUCGAAUCGCAGUACUGUCCCACAUGCAGUGCGCCCCUGGGUUUGGAUAGUAAUCGAGGAGGAAACGUGCUUGAUUUAGCAAAACUCUCCAAUAUUGUUCGAUCUGUAUCUGUCAGCGAUGUGUCCAGCCGUAGAGGAAAUCAAAAUACGCCCACACCGUGGGAUAUCAAUGGUAACCGUGCGCAUGAAGACGACAUGGGCAGUCUGCAUUGCAGCCGGGACUCUCGCCGGCGUCAUAGUAGAGAUACCAGUAACCAGCGCGAGAGGGUCGAGCGUCUAACAAGCCCGUCAACACGGCAACCACAUUCGCGCUCGGACAGUGGUACCACCGGGGUUGCAUCUUCGGGCGACUAUGGAGACGGCCAGCACCACAGUACCGGGAGGCGGCAUGAUUACGACGUACAGGCCAUGGAAUCCGACCUUAGCCCGCGCCCGGGUGUCAUACGGAACCCGAUACCGGCCCCAAUUGUAACCGUGCGCAGCGAGUUCCCGACACUCAAUCGGUCACGGCAGCAGCAGUCCUUGACUUGCCUGGUGACUGUUGAGGUUCCUGAGGGCAACUGGCACCCUGACCUGGAGGAUUUACGUCAUACGGCACAUAUACCACCACCGCGCAAUGAGGAGAUUGUGAGUCCGCCGAUCAAGCAGCCUGCGCGACCGUUGCCGGUUCCUUAUGAGGCGCAAGAGGCCCUACAGGAGAUUUCAGAGGAGUUGCGCAUGCGCGUCGACAAUUGGCAUGGACUGGAAUUCCAAAGGUUUGGAAAACUCAAACUACAUGGAACUGUUCGUGUUGGCAAGGAUCGGACGUCGUGGCAGGAGCUAGAAUGUUAUCUUUUCGCGGAGAUGCUUAUUUGCGUGAAGGAAAAGAAAAAUGGACAUAGUCAGUUUGAGGAUCCGAGGACCAAGCGAAAGAUGACCAGGUGUACGUUGAAGGGAUCUAUUCUUAUCAAGAAACAUUUGAAGGACGUGGAAUCCGUGCCAGAGGAACCCAUUUUGACUCUUAAUCUCUCCGUUGCGGAGCUCCCAUGUUUCCACCUCCAAUUCCAGAGUCGCAACCAGCUAGAGCUUUGGAGACGAGGUCUUCUUGAUCUCCACAAUCCCGAUUCAGCAGGAGGCCGGAACCCAGACUACGACGUGGAUACCUCCGGCACCGAGGAGGAUGAUUAUCGGACUCAUAAAACUAUCAAACGCGUCUCCUCCACUACCUCGUCAUAUGGGGCAUCAAAAUCCAACAACACCGCAUUAACAGAUUACACCAACUCGAUCAGGGACACUCUACCCCCAAGUUUCCACGUUCCUCUCGAUCUGGUCAUCGUCAUCCCGGUCUCGUCAUCCAUGCAGGGGCUUAAGAUCACCCUUCUCCGCGACGCUCUCAAAUUCCUAGUGCAGAAUCUCGGCCCGCGAGAUCGAAUGGGUCUCGUUACGUUCGGGUCUAGUGGUGGAGGUGUGCCGUUGGUCGGCAUGACGACAAAAGCCUGGAGCGGAUGGGGAACUAUUCUUAACUCGAUACGUCCGGUGGGGCAAAAGAGUCUUCGCGCAGACGUCGUUGAAGGGGCGAAUGUUGCCAUGGACCUGCUGAUGCAGCGGAAAUCGAAUAACCCGCUCUCGACUAUUUUGCUGAUUAGUGAUUCGUCCAUUUCUGAGCCGGAGAGUGUGGACUUUGUGGUUUCCCGGGCUGAGGCUGCAAAGGUCGGGAUCCAUUCGUUUGGAUUGGGACUUACGCACAAACCCGAUACCAUGAUCGAAUUAUCUACUCGGACCAAAGCUUCAUAUACGUACGUUAAGGAUUGGAUGAUGCUUCGAGAGUGCGUCGCGGGAUGUCUAGGAUCGCUUCAGACCACCUCUCACCAAAACGCUAAGCUCAAGCUGCGGCUGCCCGAGGGUUCUCCAGCGAAAUUUGUAAAAAUUAGCGGCGCUCUGCAAACUACCAAACGAGCAGCGGGCCGGGAUGCAGAGGCGGCACUUGGCGAUUUAAGGUUUGGUGACAAACGGGAUAUCCUCGUCCAACUUGUCAUUAUCCCUGACAACACGACGCAAGAACAUGUACCUCAGGACGCUUGGGAGAGCAUUGUUUCCGGGCUAGAAGCCCUUGGUGGACCACUCGACGGCGAUGAGCAGCGCAUCGUUAGCGUAGAAGAGGUUCCUCUGAUCCAGGCUGAUCUCACGUAUGGAGACAUUCUUCGCGAAGGCCACUUGGCGCAUUGCCCAAGACCAUCUCUCCUCGCGAUUACCAUGCUCCCAGCCUCCCAGCGCCCCAAGUCCGGAAGACCCUCUACGCCACCCAUCCCACCGCACCCCUCCAUCGUGCAACGCCGCAUGGAGCUCCUCACCUCAGACAUGCUCACACGAGCCCUAACCCUCGUCUCGCGCUCCCAACAAGACCGUGCCCACCACCUCCUCACAGAAACCCGCAGCAUCCUCAAGGGCCUGGGAAAAGGCGGCCUCCCCCCCCUCCCCCCCUUCGCCCAAAAACCCACCCAAGACGCCGCCAGCGCUCUCAGCUCCCCCAACUCCUCCUCCCCGGAGAUCCCCGAAACCACCAACACCACGCACGCCUCCACACCCCCAGCAAUCCCCCACUCACCGCACCCCCCUUCCAACCCACCCUCCGAGACCGCCACUAUAACCCCACCCGUCAACGCCGUCGAUAGCUCCAUAAUCGCCGCCCUGGACGCCGACAUAGAAGCUGCGCUUGAGUGGAUAAACCACCCGGCCGUCUUCGGGCGCGAUUCGCGCAAAGCGGUGCUGCAGGCCAUCGGCAUCAUUUCGUCGCAGAGGGCGUAUACGUUCCGCACGCUGUCGGAGGCGCAUUGGGCGGAACGUGUUGCGGGGAUUAAACGGUUGACGGAGCGAUCGAGGGAGUGGAGGGAAAUCGGGGAUGAUUCGUUGGCGGAGGAGUAGAUGAGGUAUUAGGUAUAUAUUUGUUUGUUGGGUGUUGGGGUAUAUACAAACUUGACCACCAACCCCUCCCCCUUUUUGUUUUCCUCCUCCCUUUCUGGUUUCUGGUUUCUCUUUUUCAGGCUAUUUGUCUAGUCUUGGGCGCAUCCGUGUGUGGUACAUCUCGUUUUCCCAGUGCCCUACACCUUUUUCUUUUCUUUUUCAUGCCUGUUACUUAUCACCACCCCCUCCGCCCCCAUUUCAUGAUUUCCGUUUCCUGGGUAUAUACUCAUAUACACACUUUUUUACCCCUUACAUGGUUUACCUUCUUACGGUUCGCAUUUUCCCCCCUGGUUUGAUUUAUUUUUUGUUGUGUAUCAUACCCCUCUCCUGUUGUUUUUGGACUCUUCCUUCUUCUACUUCUUGCUCCCAGAUUCCGGAUCAGGAUUUUUUUCCUUUUCUUUUUCUUUUUCUUUCUCCACUUCGUAUACCUCUAUACACUAUAUCCCCUCAAUCUAUAAUCUAUAUUUGCUAUUUUUUAAUUCCCUUGGUUGC